AAAGUUAGGUUUAAUCAAACGUCCAUAACACAGGGAAAUAUUACAUGCUUCUACAGAGUCAAGAAACCUCCCGGCUCAGAUGAAGGAUUCAGUAGUGAGGCAGCCUCAGAUUUGUGUUAAUAAAAUCUUCCUGUCAUGGGGUGUCAUAUUGUAAUUUCCUGAAAAUAAAUUUUAAGAAACUGUUGCACUUAGAGAACUGAGUCAUAUAUGUGAAGCAACCAUACGUCUUCUGAAAUAAGGAUGGAUGUGCAGCUGUUGUUUGGAUUGUAUCUCAUUUUAUCUGUUUCAUGGACAUCAGAGGCACUUUAUUCAUCAGAUCCUGUGAUGGUGUUUGCUAAACCAGGAGACAGAGUUACUUUGCCAUGUGGUUUACCUUCUGGUGGAUCCUGCUCUUCUAUAACCUGGACACAGAUGUUUAUCGUAUGGCAUACUGACGUGGUGACAGCUGGAAAAGUGACGCCUUUAGAAGAAAACAAGUUUCGUCUGCUAGAGGAUUGCUCUCUGGAGAUCCUCCAAAUGGAGCGUGAUGAUGCCACGUUGUACACUUGUAAAAGCGGAGCUCUAAAAUCAAGUGUUUCCCUUUGGUUUCUUGCAGUUAAUCAAUCCCAAACUCCAGCAGAGGAAACUAUAGAACUUCACUGCUCUCUCAGUAUAUAUGUAGGAUUUGUCCCCUGUAAAAACGACACAGGCAUACAUAUCAAAUGGACAACCGAGGAUGAUGUUCCAAUAACUGGUAAAAGAUUUAGAUUUGAGAACUCAGAUAUUUGUUUCUCAAAACUAAUUAUCACCAAGAAACCGACGGACCAUCACAGAACGUGGAAAUGCCAAGUAACCCAGAAUGAUGUGGUUAAAGCCACUGCCAGUUAUAGGACAACAGUAAGAGAUGGGGUGGAGGAAGUGUUUGCUGCUGUUGGUGAGUCAGUGUCACUUCUUUGCAGAAACACUUCCUCUCUUGGACUUGGAGAAGGCAUAGAGUGGGCUUUGAAUAAAGAACCACUGACUGAUAUGUUACCAGAAAAUGGCCAAAUAAACAUAUUUACUGUGAGCGAAGACUCAUCCUUAGUAAUCAGCAAACUGAGUCCCGUGCAUGCUGGAGACUACCAGUGUAUGGGCUCCUCGGAUGAGCAAAGAGUGUUUGACAAAUUUAGGCUGCACACCCUCGAUGGAAUGUGACGAAACCUUCAACUUAACUUGGUCUGGAAGUAACCAAGAAGGCUGGAAGGGCA